AUGUACGAUCAGCUUAAUGAUGCCAGUCUCAGCACCAGCCGACAGCUUGCUGGUUACAUCACCUUGUUACAGUGUUGGAUAUAUGAGCACUUUCUGUCAGUUGCGGAGUGCAAUGCUGAUCCGGACUACAACAAGGUGGCAUCACAUGCAUGUCGGUGGAUUGCAACAAAGAAGAUUGUGAAGAAGGUAUCUAUAGCGACGUACAGGCAGCGCCUGGAUCGUCUGAGGAUCCCAGAUGUCUGUUGGAUGCCAUAUUCAAAGCACCAACCUGUGCAGGACUUUCAUCCGAUUUUCUGCUUCUCAGGACAACUCUGUUGGGGGCCUGUUGUUGUCAGAUACAGACUGGAGAGGGUUAUGCGCCAGUUCGGCUACGUCGAGUGCAUUCCUGCACACCCUGUCCAUCCAUGGGUGUCAUAUGAUGAUGUAGACGAUACAUGGAUGCACUACUCAGACCAUUUGGCGGAAGCAGAUCCUUCGGCAGAUGCACCUACUGCGCAGCCCAGACAUGUCCCCCAAGUCCCAGAGUCAGAUAUCCCUCAGGUCCCGGAUGAUCCAGCCAGGUCUGAUGUCGACGAGCCCAGACAUACAAUGGAGGCUUGCGAUGCGAUGGUCGAGAGGUUGGAGUGUCACCUCAGCCUAGGGGUAGUCAUGCCAGGCACAUCGACACAUGAAGUCAUCGAAGAAUGCCUUAAGAUUGCUAAGAGUGUCACCCAAGACCGCAUUGUGUACGUGAGGUCUCGACGUAGGCGCCGUAUAGUUCAGCUGUAG